AUGCUGAAGCCUGGAGACCCCGGCGGCUCGGCCUUCCUCAAAGUGGACCCAGCCUAUCUGCAGCACUGGCAGCAACUCUUCCCUCACGGCGGCGGCGGCGGCCCGCUCAAGGGCGGUGGUGCCGCGGGUCCCCUGGGCGCGCCGCAGCCUCUCCAGCCGCCGCCGCCGCCACCCCCUGAGCGCGCUGAGCCUCCGCCGGACAGCCUGCGCCCGCGGCCCGCCUCGCUCUCCUCCUCCUCCUCCUCCUCCACUCCGGCUUCCUCCUCCACCUCGGCCUCCUCUGCCUCCUCCUGUGCCGCUGCCGCCGCCGCGCUGGCGGGUCUCUCGGCCUUGCCCGUGGCACAGCUCCCGGUGUUUGCGCCUCUGGCCGCCGCCGUCGCCGCGGAGCCGCUGCCCCCCAAGGACCUGUGUCUCGGCGCCGCCUCGGUCCCGGGGCCCUCCAAGUGCGGCAGCGGUGGGGAUGGCCGCGGUGCCCCGCGCUUCCGCUGCAGCGCGGAGGAGCUGGACUAUUACCUGUACGGCCAGCAGCGCAUGGAGAUCAUCCCCCUCAACCAGCACACCAGCGACCCCAACAACCGUUGCGAUAUGUGCGCAGACAACCGCCACGGAGAGUGCCCCAUGCACGGGCCGCUGCACUCGCUGCGCCGGCUGGUGAGCACCGGUAGCGCCGCGGCCGCCGCGCCCCCGCCGGAGCUGCCGGAGUGGCUGCGAGACCUGCCGCGGGAGGUGUGCCUGUGCACGAGCACCGUGCCCGGCUUGGCAUACGGCAUUUGCGCGGCGCAGAGGAUCCAGCAGGGCACCUGGAUUGGGCCCUUCCAGGGCGUACUCCUGCCCCCAGAGAAAGUGCAGGCCGGCGCCGUAAGAAACACGCAGCAUCUCUGGGAGAUAUAUGACCAAGAUGGGACACUACAGCACUUUAUUGAUGGUGGGGAACCUAGUAAGUCAAGCUGGAUGAGGUAUAUCCGAUGUGCAAGGCACUGCGGAGAACAGAAUCUAACAGUAGUUCAGUACAGGUCGAAUAUAUUCUACCGAGCCUGUAUAGAUAUUCCCAGGGGUACCGAGCUUCUGGUGUGGUACAAUGACAGCUAUACGUCUUUCUUUGGGAUCCCCUUACAAUGCAUUGCCCAGGAUGAAAACUUAAAUGUCCCCUCCACGGUAAUGGAAGCCAUGUGUAGACAGGACGCCCUGCAGCCCUUCAGCAAGAGCAGCAAACUCUCCCCAGCCACUCAGCAGCGCUCCGUCGUUUUCCCACAGACUCCGUGCAGCAGGAACUUCUCUCUCCUGGAUAAAUCUGGGCCCAUUGAGUCAGGAUAUAAUCAAAUCAGUGUGAAAAACCAGCGAGUCCUUGCAAGCCCGACUUCCACGAGCCAACUGCACUCGGAGUUCAGUGACUGGCAUCUUUGGAAAUGCGGGCAGUGCUUUAAGACUUUCACGCAGAGGAUCCUGUUGCAGAUGCACGUGUGCACGCAGAACCCCGACAGACCCUACCAAUGCGGGCACUGCUCCCAGUCCUUUUCCCAGCCUUCAGAACUGAGGAACCACGUGGUCACUCACUCUAGUGACCGGCCUUUCAAGUGCGGCUACUGUGGCCGUGCCUUUGCAGGGGCCACCACGCUCAACAACCACAUCCGAACCCACACUGGAGAAAAGCCCUUCAAGUGCGAGAGGUGUGAGAGGAGCUUCACGCAGGCCACCCAGCUGAGCCGACACCAGAGGAUGCCCAAUGAGUGCAAGCCAAUAACUGAGAGCCCCGAAUCAAUCGAAGUGGAUUAA